AUGUUCAUAUACCUGAGUAAAAAGAUCGCGAUUCCGAACGGGGUCAAACUUCGUACAGUGGCAUGGAACAACGACCAAGGAUGGAUAGCAUGUGGUGGGGAAGAGGGAUUACUAAAGGUGCUCAAGCUUGAGAAUGCCGCAAAUGCAUCUGGAGCUGGAGAUGGGCAAACAGGAGGGAAUGAGCGCUUGAAUAAAGCAGCAGCUGCGCCCUCAAAUUUGUCGAUGAAUCAAACUCUGGAAGGACACAACGGAGCUGUUGUGGUAUCCACAUGGAAUAUCCAGCACCGGAAACUCACAACAUCUGACGACAACGGGUUGAUUAUUGUGUGGAUACUGUACAAAGGGAUUUGGUAUGAAGAAAUGAUAAAUAACCGUAACAAAAGCGUGGUGUCGGAUAUGCAGUGGAACAAAGAUGGGGGCAAGAUCUGCAUUAUUUAUGAAGACGGGGCGGUGAUUGUUGGUUCUGUGGAUGGGAAUAGGUUAUGGGGCAAGGAGCUGAAAACAAAUCUUUCCCAUGUACAAUGGACACCCGAUGGACAGCGCAUUCUCUUUGGCACUGCUGCCGGAGAGCUGCACUUAUAUGAUAGCACAGACAAAGGUUCAAAAUUACUGCAGCGAUUCAGCAGCAUCCAUGAAGAUCGCGGCCAUGGACUGGUAAGUGCACGCAAUCAUGAACGCAUCGCCAAAAAUUGCCUGCCUGGCAUCUGCUUUGAGAACGGAAAAAUACAGCUUAUGCGUGAUGAGAUGGAUGUCGCGCCUAUAAUUAUUGACACAAACUUACGGCAUCUGAAUAUGAAGUGGAACAACAACGGUUCGCUUCUUGCUGUGGCAGGUGUGCAGUAUGCACGCAAUGCACAAGGGGAGGAGAAAGAAAUCAAUGUGGUUCAGUUUUAUGAUCCGUAUGGUCAGUUUUUGCGCCUGCUAAAAGUCCCAGGAAAGCGCAUAAACGCGUUAUCGUGGGAGUACAGUGGACUCCGCAUUGCACUUGCUGUCGAUUCUUUCAUUUACUUCGCAAACGUUCGGCCGGAUUACAAAUGGACGUUUUUUGCCGGGGAUGUUCUGGCAUACACGUAUCAUCGCCCUGACAGGACCGAAAGUGCGCUCACUUUCUGGAAUACGAAAACAAACGAAAAAUACACAAAACCUGUAAGCAAGCUUCUCCUAAUGACUUCAUUUGGAGAGCACAGCUUACUCGUGACGAAGCUGGACGAGGAAGGCACAGACCAGUACAUACUGACUGUGGUGAACGCAAUUGGGACGCCGCAGGAAAGCAAAUAUAUCGAAUUCGAGCCUAAGUUUGCCGCAAUCACCAAGCAUCACGUCUUUGUGGCAUCCUCCGAUAUUGUUCUACAUUGGCACUUCAAAGUCGCUGCUACCACGAGAUUGACGGCACUUGAUGGCAGGUCACUAGCAUUCGUCGUUCGUCGAACGGAUGCGCGCGAAAGGGCGUUCCACAUCGACGACGUAACCAUCGUUGGGGCGGGUAUUAGUGGUGCAUCUGUUCUGGACUUGAAAACAAAACGUGCAACAGCAGAUGCCAUCGUAAGCAUUGCAGCAUGUGAUGCGACACUCUUGGUAGCACGGCUGUCGGGCUCGAUACAUCAGUUUGUCCUGCCAUCCAUGACCUUGGACAAUAAAUAUUCAAUUCCAUUCCGCCCGCAAUCGAUCUCUCUCAACUGCGAUGCCAGUAGAGUGGCGAUUCUGGAUUCAUCUGGAAUGCUCAAAUUGAUGGAACUGGAGAAGAAGACACCGGGCCUGCCAAAGACAAGCCGCGGUACCGGGGCUCCCCGUGAUGGCGGGAAUCUGUUAAAUUUUGAGAGAAAGGACGUUUGGGAUAUUCGCUGGUCCGACGACAAUCCAGAACUUUUCGCAAUUAUGGAGAAGACGCGUAUGUACGUCUUCCGUAACUUGGAUCCAGAAGAACCCAUUACGUGCGCGGGAUAUAUAUGUUGCUUCAAUAAUCUUCAGAUCAAAGCGGCAAUGCUGGACGAAAUUAUGUUGCAACCUGACACACCGUCCAGAGAGCAGUUAAUUAACAUUGAAACAAAAUCUCUGCGGGAUACGCGAAAUAUCUUGUCGCAAGUUGGUCUCGCAGAUGGCCAUCAGUUUGUGGAGGACAAUCCACAUCCUCGUCUGUGGAAACUUAUCGUUGAUGCUGCCUUGGAGCAACUCGACUUUAAUAUCGCUCAGAAAGCGCUGGUGAAGUGCAUGGAUUACCCUGGUCUGCAAUUUAUCAAAAGACUUCAGAAGAUGGACGACAAUCUGAAGCAAAGAGCUGAAAUUGCGGCUUUUUUUGGUCAAUAUGAGGUGGCUGAAAAGGUAUAUCUUGAUAUGGACCGAAAAGACCUUGCCAUUGAGCUCCGUGAAAAAACUGGAGACUGGUUUCGAGUUGUUCAAUUGAUCAAAAGCGGCGGUGGAGGUGAUGAUGUCAUGCUGGAGAAGGCCUGGAAUCACAUUGGUGACUAUUAUUAUGAUCGUCAGCGAUGGUCCCAAGCAGCGACCUACUACGCACAAGGACGGAAAUUCGAAAGGCUUGCCGAGUGUUAUUACCUAGUUGAAGACUAUGACGCGCUUGAAAAACUUGCGCUUAACUUACCCGAGGGCAAUCCGCUACUCAGGGAUAUAGCAGAGAACUUUGUCAGCGUGGGUCUUGUCGAAGAAGCAGUUCGAGCUUAUCUGAAAAUUGGGGACAUCAAAGCCGCCGUAGAUACGUGCGUCCAUCUCAAUCAGUGGAAUACAGCUGUAGACUUGGCCCAACGGCAUAGCUUUAAAGAUAUCGAAGGAUUGUUGACGCAAUAUGCCAGUCAUCUGCUGGAGAAGGGAAAGAAGCUCGAAGUGAUUGAGUUAUACAGGAAGGCGAACUACUGCGAGAAGUCUGCCAAUCUGCUAUAUGAGCUUGCACAAGAAGCGGCAAAGUCGAAUAAGAGCCCCUUAAUCAUCAAGAAGAUGUAUGUUUUGGCCGCACUUGAGGUGGAACGCUAUCAUCAAUUGACAAGGAUGGAGCGGGGCGGACAAGAGGCGGUACCUGCUUUAGAGGGCUUACUCGCCGAGGAUGCAAAAGCCCCUAUGGAAAGCAAGUUUCUCGACAACGCCUGGAGAGGAGCGGAAGCAUAUCACUUCUACAUGCUUGUACAACGGCAGUUUUAUGCGGGCAAUAUUGAAGCUGCUGUCAAAACAGCACUACAUUUACGCGAAUACGAUGACAUACUUGAUGCUAAGGUUAUAUUUAGUCUUCUGGGUCUCGUGAGCAUUCAUGCGAAGAGAUUCGGAGCAUGCUCGAAAGCGUUUAUGAAACUGGAAGCAAUCCCCGCAACAUCAGAUCAUGAAGUGGAACAGUUCGAGAAAUUAGCAUUGAAUAUCUUUACAAAAUAUCCACCCCAUGAGCCGAAAGGCCAUCAUGUGGCAUGUACAAACUGUGGAGGGGUCAUUCGAGACAGGUUCGUGCAAGAUAUUCUGACGAUCUUCUGUUACUAAUUUUCUGCUUUGGUACAGCGAUACUUUCUGCACACAUU